AUGUCGUCCAACACGGCGCCCAGAACAGCGCCGGCGACGUUUGCGACAACUGCACCAAAUGAUGAGCUGACCGCUGCCGUCGACAAGCUAGCUCUGUUGGAAGACUCGGCUACAACGAGCGCAGCACCGGCUCCAGACCCGACAACCACACUCCCCACCUCGUCAACACCAGAUCCGAAUCCGUGGCGGACGAUGACGCCGGGUAUACCACCAACCAGUGCGACUGAGACGGUGCCGUCCGAGUCAACGACGCCGAAUCCGUGGCAGGCGCCGACGCCUACGCUACCCCAAGAACCUACAGCGGUUGCGGAUCCAGCGACAUUAGAUCCUGAGCUCAGAAAUAGCGCCGCUGCGUUCGGAGGGGCGCAGAAGACGGUCACUUCCGAGCAGGAGAAGGAGAUACUGGCCGCAUUUGACCCCUACGCGCGCGUGGAGAGCGAGGAGCAACGCAAAGCUUGGGACGACGCGCGUACCAGCCAGGACGAGGAGAGUAAGGACGGCGACGCUGCCAGCGUCUCGAAAGCGGAAGCAGGAGUAGAGGGCGAACCACCAGCAACACCCUCGAAAGCCGACGCGCCACCAGAACCACCUUCGAAGACACAUACCCCGUCCUCUUCUGCCUCCGGCUUCCCCUCUCUCAACUUCUCCUCCAUCGCCCGCUCCUUCUCGAUCUCGUCCCUGAGCAAGGACAAGGGACGCCCUGUCUCGCUGGACGCGAAGGCGCAGCCCGACAACGUCGACGCGCGGACGGUCUCGCAGGAGCAGCAAGAUAGCGGGCAGCAGGGGAACGAGUUGAGGCCCUCGAACGACGGCAACACGGCGGGGUCAACGCAGAAUCAGGCGCGGCAAGAUGACGGCGAGCCACCACCGUUCGACUUCCAGAGGUUCCUCGAGCAGAUGAACUCUAAGAGCGCGGAGCCGGUGUCGAAGUACUUGAAGUCGUUCCUGUCGAACUUCGCCAAGCGAACGUUCACGGUCAAUGACCAGAUCAAGAUCAUCAACGACUUCCUGAACUUCAUCGCCCAACGCAUGCGCCAAACCGACCCAUGGCGGAAAUGCACCGAACAAGAGUUUGACAACGCCAUGGAAGGAAUGGAGAAGCUCGUUAUGAACCGAUUAUACGACUUCACCUUCACUCCGUCGAUACCCACCCUUCAGCCGCCUCGGCCAGUCACAACAGACGAUCUCGAGCGCGAUCGUGUCCUUGCCCAGAGGAUAGCGCUGUUCGGCUGGGUAGAGGAGAAGCACCUCGACAUCGACCUCACGAGCGAGGAAGGAGAUACGAGUAGCGCCAAAGGGUUCUUAAUGUUCGCGCAGCAAGAACUGCUCAAGAUGAACCACUACAAGGCGCCGAGGGACAAGGUUAUCUGCAUCUUGAAUUGCUGCAAAGUUAUCUUCGGUCUCAUCCGACAUUUGAAGAAGGACGAAUCCGCGGAUGCCUUUAUUCCACUGCUGAUCUUCGUCGUUCUGAAAGCCAACCCAGAACACCUGUUGAGUAACAUGGAAUUCAUUCAACGUUUCCGAAAUCCGGCCAAGCUACAGAGCGAAGCUGGAUACUACCUUAGUAGUUUAAUGGGCGCGGUAUCGUUCAUCGAGACCAUGGACCAUACGUCGCUAUCUAAUAUCACCCAGGAGGAGUUCGAGAAGUGGGUGGACCCAUUAAUAAACAAAAGCGUUGCUGAGUUUUCACAGGAACGUCGAACAAGCCAUCCAGUCUCUUCCUCGUCAAGAUCAGUCUCCACCUCUCCCCUCUUCAGGCCCACCGUCAGGGUGGUCUACACCAACACACCAGAGGACGCCGUCCGCCCUCUCAGAGCGACCGCGGUCUUCCUCUAUGGCCUCCCUCCCUCCACGACCUCCGUCAUCCAUGUCCGCUCCCUCAUCUCCUUUAGCGGCCCAGAUCCCUACAAACGCCUCGCACGCAGGAGAGGAGUCCGCAACACCACUGUCGCUGCCUUCCAUUGA